GCUUAGUAAUAGCAAUAUUGAAUUGAUCAAAUAUACACUAUUACUUCAUUCCCCUGUUAACCAAAGUGUGCAUCUCAUCCAGAUAAGGCAAACAUUAUGAGGAUCUUGACCUCCCAUUAAAAAUCAAAUCCACAGUGAGUAGUGGUAGUGCAACAUGAUGAAUCAUCAUUAAAAAUCAAAUCAACAGUGAGUAGUGGUAGUGCAACAUGAUGAAUCAUACUAGUGCAACAUGAUGAAUCAUACUCUCAGCAACAAAAGGUAAGUUUGUAUUGUCGUCAUCUUCAUCACUUACUAAGAUUAGAAAGUUAUGGUCAUAAAUCAGCCACAAAUUAAAUAGAAAAUUAAUCAGCUAACACAUAUCUUCUUUCUGGAAAUUAUAAAGAUAGUAAAAUGAGGUUUUUUUUUGUGUUUUUCAUUUCAGUUGUGUAAGUCAAAAUCAUGAUCAUUGAUGAACAUUAUUAGAUGGACCAAGUCUUCCACUAAGAUCAGUACCUCUUCCAGUAAAAUCGCAGACAACGACUAUUCUGUGUAAUGCACUACAAAUGAGACAUCCUAUAACCCUCACAAUUUGUCUAUACAUCGUAAAUUUGGGGUUACUGUACCCACCUAAAAACAUGAACUUGGAAAAAAAAACUGUAUUAUAGAUUCAGAAAUUCAUAAAAAGGACCCUGAAACUAUAGUCUCUGAAAACUCAAGCAAUGACUGCUCUUCAUACAAUAUUUCUUCUUUUUUGCUGUAUUCAAAGAUCUGUCUCCGUGACAAACACCCUAAAUGGAACAAAAUUCCUGAAGGACCUUGAAACUAUAGUCUCCAAAAACAAGAUUUUCACUCUAGGAUUCUUCAGCCCUCCUACUUCUUCCAAACGAUACGUGGGCAUAUGGUACAGUAAGCCCUCUGUAAGAGAUGUUAUAUGGGUAGCAAACAGGAAUAACCCACUCAAUGAUUCUUCUGGGGUUCUGAAGAUAUCAAAGGAUGGCAAUCUCCAAGUGCAGAAUAGUAGAAAUGAAAUCCUUUGGUCCUCAAAUGUCUCGAGUUUUUCAGCUGAAUUCUUAGCUGCUCAGCUUCUGGAUUCAGGCAACCUAGUUCUGCAAAGCAGCGAGGAGAUCGUAUGGCAGAGUUUUGAUCACCCUACAGACUCUUUCUUACCAAACAUGAAACUUACUGUCACCAAAAAUGGGACCGGAAAAAAACCUUUACAGUCCUGGAAAAGCCCAUCAGACCCAUCUGAUGGGCGAUUCACUGCAGGAAUUGAUACUUUUACCCUUCCCCAACUUGUAGUCUGGGAUGGGAAUCGCACACGCUGGCGAAGUGGUCCAUGGAACGGAAAUAUCCUUAUUGGGGUACAUUUUGAUUUUAAGGACUUCAUUAAUGCUCAGCUUGUGAUUUCUAGUGAUAAAGAGGGGACAGUCACUGCAGUAUAUUUUUAUCCGAAUGAGUCUCUACUAUCAACCUAUAUGUUAAGCAUAGAUGGAAAUUUGUCACAAAUAUGGUGGAAUGAAAUAAAAAGGAAAUGGGAGAUUGAGUGGCAAGUUCCUACAACAGAGUGUGAUGUUUUUGGAAAAUGUGGAGGAUUCGGAACCUGCAACCCACGAAGACCAACAAUGUGCCAGUGUUUGAAGGGUUUUCAGCCGAGAAAUAAAACAGAAUGGAGCAAAGGGAACUGGAGUGAUGGAUGCUUGAGGACAACAAGGUUGCAGUGUGAUAUGGGAAAAGGUGAAGACGAUAGAUUCUUAAGGAUGAAGAUGAUGAAAGUACCGGAAAAUGCUGAGUGGAGGUUAGGGUUGAAUCAAGAUGCAUGCAGAAAACAAUGCUUCAAGAACUGUUCUUGUUUAGCUUAUGCAUAUGAUGCAGGAGUUGGUUGCAUGACAUGGAGUACAAGUUUGAUUGACAUACAAGAAUUUUCAGUAGGCGGAGUGGAUCUCUACCUUCGUCUAGCACAUUCAGAGCUCGGUACUAAUAACAAGAAGAAAGUAACUGCAGCAGUGAUAGGAAGCUUUAUAGGAAUGGCAGUAAGUGCUGUCCUAUUCUACUUUCUGUGGAGGCAAAAGGCGCAUCAACAAGAUGCUAAGAAGAAAAUGAAGGUAGACAAUUACAAGAAGAACAAUAUGAACUUCGAAGAGAUUCCCCUGUUCAAAUUUGAAACGCUUGCAGCAGCUACAAACAAUUUCAAUGAAAGCAACAAGCUAGGACAAGGUGGUUUUGGUUCAGUCUACAAGGGAAAGCUACAAGAUGGACAAGAAAUCGCCGUGAAACGUCUUUCAGGGUUCUCUACACAAGGCCUAGAAGAGUUCAUGAAUGAGGUCAAGCUUAUUUCUAAACUGCAGCAUCGUAACCUGGUCAAACUUCUUGGCUGUUCUGUUGAAGGAAAAGAGAAAAUGUUGGUUUAUGAAUACAUGCCAAACAAAAGCUUGGAUGCGUUUCUAUUUGGAAAUCAAAAGGAUUUAGACUGGGACACUAGAUUCAACAUUAUUGAAGGGAUAUGCAGAGGCCUCCAGUACCUCCACAAAGAUUCUAGAUUAAGGAUCAUUCAUAGAGAUCUGAAGGCGAGUAAUAUUUUGUUGGACGAAGGACUCAAUCCAAAAAUUUCAGACUUUGGAAUGGCAAGAAUUUUUGGGGGUGACCAAGAUGAAGCUGACACUCGACGAGUUGUUGGGACAUACGGCUACAUGUCUCCAGAAUAUGCAAUGGAAGGGCUAUUCUCAGAAAAAUCUGAUGUAUUUAGCUUUGGAGUAUUAUUGCUGGAGAUUCUGAGUGGAAAAAGAAACAGUGGCUUCUCGGAUGAUGAGGAUUCCCUCAGCCUUAUAGAAAACGCAUGGAAGUUAUGGGAAGAAAAGAACAUCAUGUCAUUGACUGAUCCAACGAUUUCGGAACCUCCACAUGAACAGGUUAUUAUUAGGUGCGUACAAAUUGGACUAUUGUGCGUGCAAGAAUUUGCAAAGGACAGACCAGAUGUACCUACUGUCAUCUCUAUGCUAGACGGGGAGAUUUUAGAUCUUCCAAAUCCAAAGAGACCAGGAUACGUCCAUAUCAAUCGGAACAUCUCCUACUCUCAACAGAAAUCUUCCAUAAAUCAUAUAUCUAUUACAGAGAUUAGAGGACGGAAUGGCUACCUAAAUACGAAGAUUGUAAUUAGUUCCACUCACCAAUAUCAAAUGAAACCGAAUCCCAUGUACUGUAUCUAUUCAACACUGUUGUUUUCUUUCCUUCUACUGCAACAAAGCACAGCCCUUGAUAAAAUCACAGAGACCGAGUUUCUUAAUUAUCCAGAAACUAUUGUUUCCAGUAAUGGGGCUUUUAAACUGGGGUUCUUUAGCACCCCUAACUCAACACACCGUUAUGUAGGGAUCUGGUACAACAAACUCCCUAUGAAUAACGUUGUGUGGGUGGCCAAUCGGAACAACCCUCUGAAAGAUUCUUCUGGUGGAACAAUCAGAAUUUCCGAGGAUGGUAAUCUUCAAGUCCUAAAUGCUCAAAAUCAGACACUUUGGUCCUCAAAUGUCACCAUUUCCAGCCAAACUAAUAGAAAUAUAGUCGCCGAAGCACAUCUCUUAGACACCGGCAACCUAGUUCUGGUGGGACUUGAGGGCAAGAACUUAUGGCAGAGUUUUAACCACCCGACUGAUACAGCUUUGCCAAAUAUGAAAAUUACUGUCACCAAGAGUUCUGACGGAAGGAAGAUGUUACAGGCAUGGAAUGGCCCUUCAGACCCCUCUUAUGGGAGGUUCUCUGUUGGCAUUGAUUCUUUUGCCUUCCCUCAACUUGUCAUAUUUGAUGGUGAUCAACCCUAUUGGAGAAGUGGUCCGUGGAAUGGACACAUCUUUACUGGUAUAACAAAUAACGAGACUGACGAUUUCAAUGAUGCUGGAUUCAACCUAGAGAAUGACAGGCAAGGUACCAUUUCUUUGACAUAUUCUUAUACUAAUCAGUCAGUGCUAUCUAACUAUGGGUUGAGCUACCAAGGGACUUUGACUCAACGAUGGUGGGAUGAAAAUGAGAAAAGAUGGAAGGUUGCGUGGGAAGCUCCACAAACAGAGUGUGAUCUUUAUGGCAAGUGUGGAGCAUUUGGAAGUUGUAAUUUGCAGAAUUCACCAAUUUGCCGGUGUUUGAAAGGAUUCAAACCAAAGAAUAAGUUUGAAUGGAAUAAAGGUAAGUGGUCAAGUGGGUGCACAAGAAGAAAACCAUUGCAAUGUGUGAGAGGAAGUGGAAAAGAGGAUGGUUUUUUCCGGGUUAAGGCAGUUAAGGUGCCAGACAACUCUGACUGGUUAAUUGGAUUAGAUGAAGAUGAAUGCAGAAACCAGUGCUUGAAGAAUUGUUCAUGUCUAGCUUAUGUAUAUGAUUCAGGUGCUGGGUGUAUGUCAUGGAACAGAGAUUUGAUUGACACGGAAGAGUUGUCUGCAGGUGGGGUGGAUCUUUACCUAAGGCUGGCGCAUUCUGAGCUAGGGAACAACAGGAAAACGGUAGCAGCUAUUGCAGCAACAGGGAGCUUAGCAACAAUUGUAGUUGUUUCCCUUAUUUUAAUUCUGAGGAAGCGCCAGACCCUAAAACAAGGAAAGAAACUUCAGAAAAAACAAAGAGUGUCAGAUGCUCUCAGAAUAGACAAUAUUCACAAUAACCAUGAUCAGAUCGAAGAGGUUCCGCUAUUUGAUUUUAAAAGGGUGGUAAUGGCUACAAACAACUUCCAGGACACUAACAAGCUAGGAAAAGGUGGAUUUGGUCCAGUUUACAAGGGAAAAUUAGAAGAUGGACAAGAAAUUGCUGUCAAGAAACUUUCAAAAGCCUCAGGACAAGGAGUAGAAGAGUUUAUGAAUGAAGUGUUGGUAAUCUCUAAACUUCAGCAUCGAAAUCUUGUCAGACUUCUUGGUUGCUGUGUGGAAGGAAAAGAGAAGAUGUUAAUAUACGAGUAUAUGCCAAACAAAAGCUUGGAUUACCUGCUUUUUGAUCCGAUGAAGCAAGACCUACUACCCUGGAAGAAACGCUACAACAUCAUUCAAGGAAUAUGUCAAGGACUCUUAUACCUACACAGAGACUCUAGAUUAAAGAUCAUUCAUAGAGACCUCAAAGCAAGCAACAUUUUGUUGGACAAAAACCUAAAUCCAAAAAUUUCAGACUUUGGCAUGGCCAGGAUUUUUGGAGGAAAACAAGAACAAGAUGACACAAGAAGGAUUGUUGGAACAUACGGAUAUAUGUCUCCCGAGUAUGCAAUGGAAGGGCGAUUCUCUGAAAAGUCAGAUGUAUUCAGCUUUGGAGUCUUAUUAUUGGAAAUUGUGAGUGGCAAAAGGAACAGUCUCUUCUGGUACGAGGAGUCGUCCCUGAGCCUGCUAGGAUAUGCAUAUAAAUUAUGGAAGGAGAACCAUGUUUUAUCAUUCAUUGAUCCAAAGAUUGCAGAAACAUGCUUCUUGGGAGAAGUUCAAAAGUGCAUACAGGUGGGCUUAUUGUGUGUGCAAGAAUCUGCUAAAGAUAGGCCGAACAUGUCUACCGUAAUCUCAUUGCUACACAAGGAAGAUGCAAAUCUACCCCAACCUAAUCAACCUGGCUUCACUCACAGUCAAAAAUCUAAAAAUGUUGGUUCCUCCUCCGAACAGAGCCAACAGACUUCAUCUACAAACUAUGUCUCUGUAACAGCUUUGAGUGCUCGAUAACAAAUGCAUUCUGUAGACCACAUUCAAUGGAUAGACAUGUAAUUAGUUAACAUACUCUUAUUCAUUAGGGUUUUGUUUUACAAGAAGACUGCCCUAAUCUGUGUAUUUUUCCAUACCAAAAUAAGAAAAAGGUAGGCCUGUAUCUGGUAGCAAAAUGUGCUUUUACAGUUUUACUUUGCAAUGAGCCAGAACUAGAUUUACAUAGAU